UAGACCCAGUCGCAGCCAUUUUACUCCGUGAAAUAAACUUCAAUCUCGGAGCCGGAGGAGAAGAAACACAACAACAAGUGCAGCAGCUCGGCGGGAGACCAUGGACACGUCGCUGUGAACCAGAGCUCGGGCGGAUCCGGGUUUCAAGUCCUCGCACUUCGGUAGCAGCGAGACGUAACAUAAAGGGACGGUGACUCACACCCCAGUUGCUUGUCUGGGACCCUCGUCAACCCUGCACCCCUCCUGAGGCGGGAUGGAGCCCCAGGCUUCUGAGUGGCAGCUUGGACCAGAGGGGGACUGUAGGAUGUUGAGUCUGCUAGUGCCCAGUCCCCAGAGCGAGGCGGUGACCCAUGAGAUGGAGGAGCUGACUCUGCAGCCCGCACAGAACCUACCUCCGCUCAGUGAGCGCAAAAAUGUCCUGCAGUUGAGGCUUCAGCAAAGGCGAACCCGGGAGCAGCUGGUGGACCAGGGCAUCAUGCCACCUCUCAAGAGCCCGGCAGCAUUCCAUGGGCAGAUCCGCAGCUUGGAGAGAGCCAGGACUGAGAAUUUCCUGAAGCACAAGAUCCGCAGUCGUCCAGAGAGAGCGGAGCUGGUCAGGAUGCACAUACUACAAGAGACCGGGGCAGAGCCCUCGCUGCAGGCCACCCAGUUGAGGCUGAAGAGGGCCCGUCUGGCUGACAACCUGAACGAGAAGAUCGCCCAGAGACCCGGCCCGUUGGAGCUGGUGGAGAAGAACAUCCUGCCAGUGGAUUCCAGCGUUAAGCAAGCCAUCAUUGGUGAGGUGGGCGAGGUGAAUUACCCGAAGGUGUUGGAUGAAGACAGCUGCGAUCCCCUGUCCCCAGAGCAGCCAGCCAGCCAGGAGUCGCAAACCUCUGUCCCCUCACCCGCGGAGAGCAAAGCCCCAGAGACUCCAUCUCCUGCUCCUGCUCCUGCUCCUGCUCCAGCUCCUGCUCCAGCUCCAGCUCCUGCUCCUGCUCCUGCUCCUGCUCCAGCUCCAGCACCUCUACCACUAUCAAGCACUAUAUUUCAGGCCCUCCCAGUUGCUACAAAAGCACCAUCAGACUUUAUGAAAGUGGUCUCUACCAGUGAGUUUCUGGCCACCCGCCCAGCUGCUCCCUCGAAACCAGGACCAACACUGGUGAAACAAAGCCAGCCGAAGUCAGCCUCAGAGAAGAGUCGCAGUAAGAAGGGCAAAGAGCCAAAGUCCAGGAUUAAGAAGCUGAAAUACCACCAGUAUGUUCCUCCGGACCAGAAGCAGGAGGCCAGUGAAGAACCCAUGGACUCGUCUUAUGCCCGACUACUGCAGCAGCAGCAGCUGUUCCUCCAGCUGCAGAUCAUCAGCCAGCAACAGCAGCACUACAACUACCAGACUAUACUACCAGCACCACUCAAACCUAUGGCAGAGGGUCAGAGCAGCGCUGGCAGCAGCCUGCCAACCUCCAUCAUGGUGUCUCUGCCCACUGCCCCCCCACCUCCCCCUCUGCCUUCUGCAGCUCGGCCAAACAACUCGCUGUCCAAUCGCAAGCCAGGAGUCUUGCCUGCCAACCUAGAGGAGAUGAAGGUGGCGGAGCUGAAACUGGAGCUGAAGCUGCGAGGCCUUCCUGUGUCAGGAACAAAGACUGACCUGAUGGAGAGACUUAAGCCAUUCCAGGACAAUCUCCGCACCUCAGCUCCCACCAACAUUCCUCAACAGACCACCACCACCUCCACCCCCAUGGACGUCACCACUGCCACCACCACCUGCACCAGCCCUGCCAUUGUCUUCCCAGUACAGCAGGUGACUCUAGAGAGCAUGAGAUCCACGCCGCCAGUCUCACCCAACCCCAGUGAGCCCUCCACCCUCCAGCAGGAUGUGGGCAUGUCUGCGGCACAUUCCGAAGUACAAGUGAUGAGCUCUGGCACAGCAGGACGACAGUCCUCACCGCUCUUGUCUUUUCACAUCCCGGAGGAAAAGGACAGGAGGCUCCAUGAGAAGGAGCGGCAGAUAGAGGAGUUGAUGAGGAAGCUGGAGCAGGAGCAGAGGUUGGUGGAGGAGCUGAAGAAUCAGCUGCAGGUGGAGAAGAGAGGCAUGGGGGGCUGUAGUGCCGACUCUACCUCUGUAUCUCCCAAACUUACCUCUGUCCCUGCCUUGAAUACCGUUGCUACUGUCCUGAAUUCUAAUUUAGUAAAAAUGGAGAGUACGGUCCUGUCAAACUGUUCAUCCACUAACGCCACCAUCCAGAACUCUGUCUUGGGCUCCCCGGCUCUCACAAGCCCCCUCCCGACCGUGGUGAAGCUGGAGGAUCUGACUGUUUCUGGUGGCAAGCCGCUGCAACUGCAGAGUCCAACCCAGCUCAUCACGAAGAUCCAGCCCCAAGUAAGCCCCAGCCCGCAGCUGCUCCCUCAGUCACAGAGAAGUCCCAAACUCCAGACUCAGUCUCAGACCACUACUCCCAGCCUGCAGCAGUUCUUCAUCAGCCACACAGGUGGAGUCUCCCAAAUGCUGACUGGCCAGGCUGGGACUCAGAUCCUGCUCCCGGUCUCACUACCCAAAAACGCUACUGCAAUCCAGCUGCCAAACACCACUGUCAGCCUGCAGCCUGUCCUCCAGGCCACAGUCUCAAAUCCAGGCCUGGUACAGACGGCGGUUCCUCAGCCGCAGAGCUUUCAGAUGGAGACGGCACCCGGCCAGCAGUUACCAAACCACAACCCGCUGCUACAGACUCUGACAGUGUGCAAUAGUUCUACUGGAUUAGAGAACCAGGGUCGGCCUGAGAUGAAUCCCCAGCGUUUCCUCAGGAGCUCCCCAGAGAACAGGGUCUCUCCCCGGGCCUCACCCAACCAGCACAUCUCCAAUGGACCCCUUCAUAAGUCUCCCUCUUCCAAGCCUGCCUUCAUCCUCCAGCCCACCUCUCUUAUCAGUCAGCCUCCCAAAUCAAGAGAGCCUCCCCGCUACGAGGAAGCUGUCAAGCAGAGCCGCAACAUGCACAUCAACAAUGUCUCACAGGUUCCUACUGCAACCAGCCAGCAAAUGGAUGACUUGUUCGACAUCCUCAUAGAGAGUGGAGAAAUGACACCUUUUAUCCAGCAGGACCCCUCAGUGUCUCUUGGGAAGAGCCAGCCCAUCACGGCCAGUAUCACCACCCUGCCUGUGAACACAGUGCUCUCCAGACCACCUCCACCGAUCCAUAUGGCCCCUCCGCCCACCCUGAGCCUCUCCGUGGACCCCAGCAUGCCGAGCCUCUCCUCUCUGGCCACAGACAACCAGCUGGAGGCCUUCCUGGAGGGGACGCUGGCUGGAACGUCGCCGGCAUCGGACCUGCGCACACAGGGUCUGAUAGAGGAGCUUCAGGCCCAGCUGAUGGAACAGCAAUCCUACUCCCCCAUGGACACAUCCGACCUGUCUUUCUGCGAUUCCUCCUCACCCACUUCCUCGUUCAACAUGGGCCUGUCUGACCCGGCACUGGACAAUAUGGAGUGGAUGGACCUCACCAUGCCCCCGGGUCCUGGGGGGGCACUCACACCGCUGGGGAUCCCAACUGACUUCCUGGAUUCCCAUGACCUGCAGCUGCACUGGGACUGAGGGAGGGUGAUGGAGGAGAGGCGGCUGAGCAGCUGAGCCAAGAGUGAAAGAUUGAUGGAUGAAGAGAAGAAGAAGAAAAAAGGAAAUUUCCAGCACAUUAAGGCUGACUUUAAACAUUUUAAAUAAGGAAACAAAAGGAGGAGAAAACAUGACAUUCACUCUUUAACAGCUCAUCCAUACAUCGGUUAUAUUCCCACUAUACUAGAGGAGGACACACUGUACAGGCAGUGCACUGAUCAAGCUGAGCUACAAGCAGGAGUUUGCACAGCUUUUAAAAAAGAGGACUACUUUGACCGAACAGCCGGAAAACAAUAUCAUCACUAAAGUGAUAAUAGGAUCUUAACGUGAUGAGACUUUUAUUCAUGAUUUAGCAGAAAUUAAGAGACAGAGCCAAAUGAAGACUGGUAGCAUGGACUGUUUGUAAAUACUGUUAAAACCACAUUAACAACAUUUUGUCAGUGCAGCCUCAGCUGGUGACCACUGCAUUUAGAAACAUUUAGACUAACUCUGCAUCUCAGAUCGUCUUGCUUUUCAUUUCAGCGCCCAUGUUAUAAUGUCACACUGCCUGUGUGAGCCAUGUGUCUCAGGUGCGUCUCCUGAGCUGCGCUGCUCCUCUAUAGAGUCGAGGUCUCGCUUAUUUUCUCCACGUACUGUGCUCUGUUCACAGCAGAAUGGUGAAUGAUGUAUCACCACAGUUUCAGUGUCUAUCUGACGCAUAUGUCACAGACAUAAAUAUUGGCAACACUUCCUGUACCUGUUAUAAAUGAAAACUAAUCUAAUCACUAGUUCUAACUCUAAGGAGUUUGUUAUUAUUGCAAUAUUCAGACCAAAAACCUCACAUAGCAUCUCUGCAGCAGCUCCGCAGCUGACACGCUCCCUGUAGUGUAGACCCACUAGAUCACACACACAGCUGUCAGGCUACACACACACCCAGGCCUAAACCAGUCUGUGCUGUACUGUCAAAUCUGUCUGUUCCCUGUACUCAGACAUGUCACAGAACCAAGUUUUACAAUUUCUCAACUUGAGACGAGGUCAAGCCUCCUGUUCACACUGGUCCAGUCUACCAGAUGCUGUAGAUUACGUGUUUUCUGACAAAUCUGAUUUGCUACAUCCGAUGUGACUGUUUUCUUCUGACCUAUCGCGACCCUCUCCGGUCAAGCCGAUAAACCAAUGACUCUAAAGAACAAAAAGACGGACGACGAGAGGAGGAGGCUCCUCCCUCUAAGUGAGAGCUAUGCACUAAUGAGGCGGAGCGAUCUACCGACGCGCCUCACUCACCUCAGAACAAGGAAAUGUGAACUUUGCAUAUCCAAGACGAUCGUGAACAGAAAGCGAUUGAAAAUGAUUGUGAUCGAUGCAGCGAUCACGCGGCCAAUCACUACAGAGAUACUGCAGCUGGUGUCCAAGUUAUUUUGAAUGUACUGUUUGCCAAGAACCAAACAUCUGACUUUACGUACAAAGUUGGCAGCUGUUUUUCUUCCCCUCUGAGAGUAAGCUGGCGUGAAACAGUAGAAAGGGAACAAACACGAGCAGAUUUAAUACGUGUGAACUAUGUGAACUCUGCAAGAUAUAUCAAGAAAGAUGUCUUUUAGAAGAUGAGCUUUAUAUCUAGCUGUCCUACAGUAUCCCGGCACUUUGUGUGUAUGUGUGUGUGUGUGUGUGUGAGUGUUUGAGAGAGAGACUGUAUGUGUGUGUGUGUGUGUGUCUUGGUGGGGAACUACUGCAUCACUAGCCAUGAAACGUGACUGUUAGGUUUGCCCGUAGCUGAUAAGUUGGCCUGCUUUACCGUCCCAUUUAUCCACAGAAUAACAUUUAGCUGGUUCGAGGCACGAGGGUUCCCGGUUUGAAUCCCUGCCCCCUGUGCCGAGUCUUUGUGGCUGUUCUCUGAGUGAACGCCUCCUUUUCUCCCACAGUCCAAAGUCAAGCAGGGUUAGACUCUACAUUAUGUGUAGGUGAGACAACUUGAACAUAGGAGUUGUUUGUCUCUAUAUAUUAGUCCUGCUGUCGACCUGUAACCCCGCCUCUCGCUCAAAGUCAGCCGGGAUUGGCUCAGUCUCCUCCCACGACCCCCUAAAGAUAAGCGGUGUGGAUAGUGAAUGGACAGAUGAUAAAGUAGUCUCACAGUGAUGCAUCAGCUACAGUGACCUGUCAACAAAGUUUCCUGACCUUGCGAGUGAGUGAAACGAGCGUGUUGAUCUAUGUGUGUCUGUUUGUGUGUGUGUGUGCGUGGAAUCGUCUUCCCGUCUCCUGCAUGACCAUCGGUGUGCGUCUCCGUGUGCAUGAUCGUAUCCACAUUUAAUCUCGGGCACCGUUUCGAGCACUUUCACAGCCAUCGCACUCAAGUUAUAUGAAAUAUCUAUACAGAAACAAAUCCAUUCGGCUUCUCCUCCAACGUUCUCUCUUCAAACGGCUUCUGAUGACUGUUGUACUGUUGUUAUCCGUGUUGUCCCGUCCGGUGUGAUACAGUCACAAACGCACACACACACCUUUCGAGGGCUGAGCUCCCUUUAAAGCCGUCAUGAAUGCUCCCAUUGAUUGCAUCAUAUCCUAACUCACUAAGCCAAAUCAGUGAGUUAAUGAUUUAGUAUCUGAGUCUGUAUAUUGUUUUAGGAUUAGUACGGUCCUUCCCUAUGGCACUUUGAAAUGCGAUGGCUCUUUUUAAUUCUCUCUUUUGUUAUAUCAGUCCUAUAAAGUGAAAUGAUGCUCGCAUUUUAACCACUUUACCGUGUAAUUACGUCCGUGGACACUAGAGGGCGUGGGCUCUCCAGUUGUGGCAUGACGGCACUUCAGGGUCAUUUCUUGCAGAAUAAAAAGUCAAUUGGGCUAUUUUAUUUUGAAAGUUUCUGUUUUGAUUCGGUGUUUACAUCGGCAAUAAUGUGAGGACCUGAGCAGAGUGACAGAGAGCCCUUCAUGUCGACCCUGUCUCGUCAACGUUCGAUGCUCUCACUGCCGCAGUCACACGUUUUCAUCGUCAAUACCCAGAGUUACGCCAAAAACUGCACAGACACACACUUUUUGUUGUGUUGUAUUUUAAUUGUUUUCCUUUUGUCACAAACGGUAAAAGUCACGUGUUGUUGUAUCCAGAACAGACGAUGAGGGUCAUUGUUGUUUUCUUCCUCAGUGUGUCUGCUUUAGGGCAGAUUUGAUAUUUUGUUGCCUGAAACGGCAGUGGAACAUAUUAUUAUGUCUAUUAUAAUUUGUUUGUUUUUCAAAGUAGAAAUCAUGUAAUCUUGUUUGGAUGGUUGUGUAAAAUCUGUAAACAAGGAUUUCAUGUGUAUAUUUUUGGUUUGAGGAGUAUUUUUUUGUUGUUCAUAUCAGCCGAACACAAACCUCAUCUACAUGACGGCUCCCAGUGUCGGACGUGGUUGUUGCUGAUUGGCCAGACAGGGACAGCUAAAAGCAAUAAUGGCUGCUCUCCUUGGACAUACUGUACUGUAUGUCUCAUCCUGCCUUGCUUUUACUCGUGCAGGAGCCUUUACCGCAUACACAGUCACACCUUGGUUCCAAAUGGUGAAGCGAUGGCUUGUUUAAAUCAAGUUGUUUAAGAGGUGUGUCUACGCAGCAUCAGUCAGUUCUCCCACUCGUCCUCGUUCACCCUGUGUCGUUUACCUUCAUGGGAACAUUGUAGUAUUCUUCUCGCGGCGAAGCUGAACAAGAGGAGUCAUUACAAUAUAUGUAUUUUGGAUAAUAUCCUCUCAUCAGCUGAUUCUUCUUCCCAUUCUUCAUUGUAGCCGAGUCUCCUUCUCUGUCUCCACCACCCAUGCCAUGCCUCUUGUUUGUAAUGCCAUAUGUUUUGCACAUUGUGUAUAUAUUUAUAUAGAUGCAAUGCAUAUUUUUAUACAUGUGUAACAUCCAUGGGCUCUGUAUUUUGUAAAUACUCAAAAAACGAGAUGUGUAUAUAAGUACUGUAUGCCUUUAUGUGUCAAUAAAAUAAUUUGGUGUACUGUGA